UGAGCCAGGAGGCCGAGAGGCUGUAAGGAAUUCUCUCCCAGGGGGAGAUCCAGGCGUGACUCGGAUUCUGUAAGCCGUAAAUCUUUCUGUUUCCUCUGGAGACCAAAAUAUCUUGUGAGGGAAGAGGGCUGAAUGACAGGAGGUUUGGCCAGACCUCUUUGAUUAGGAAGACCUGGGGAGAUGCAUUGGUCCAUUUUGGUGUGGAGACUAGAGAGAAGAUGGAGGGACAAUGCCCAGCAGAUGGAAAAGGCCGUCCUGCUUCUCAGCCUUGGAGCUGUGGGAAGAAUGAGGCAAGUCCUGGGCAGAAGAGUCAAGAAGAGGAAGUCAGCAGUUCAGAGGUUCAAUGCUGUGACUUUAGCAAAGUGCAAUUCCAGGAGGGGAGGGGUCCUCGAGAUGUUUGCAGUCAACUUCACCACCUUUGCCGUCAGUGGCUGCAGCCAGAAAGACACACCAAGGCUGAGAUGCUGGACCUAGUGCUCCUGGAGCAGUUCCUGGCUGUCCUUCCUCCAGAGAUGGAGAAAUGGGUACGGGAGUGUGGAGCAGAGACCAGUUCCCAGGCGGUGGCCCUGGCCGAAGGCUUCUUGCUGACCCAGGAGUCUGAGAAGAUGCAAGCAGAGUUGCAGUCCUUGCAAACUGUCACCGAGUAUCCCCAGGGGAGGAAAGAUUCAUCAAAAUCCUCUCAAGAGCUGCUCUUCAGGGAGACUUUCCAGAAAGUUCAAAGUCAGGACAUCACAACAGUCUGCUUCUGCUUAGAACAACCUUCUAUUUGUGAUAGAACUGAAAUAGUGGCUGAACUUCUGCCUCAGGAUGUUGUGUCUUUGGAGGAAGUGGCUGUGCAUUUCUCUGAGGAGGAGUGGUCUCAGCUGGAUCCUGCCCAAAAAGCUCUCCAUGGGGAAGUCAUGCUGGAGACUUCCAGGAAUCUGGUUUAUCUGGGCUAUAAUGAGCAAGCAAAUAAGAAUUGUAAGGAACAAUGUCAACCGGUCCAUCUGAAAAAGAAAAACAGGAAUUUUGCAGAUCAGAUGGAAGCAAAGAUUGAUGAAACAAACCGAUCACAAAGUGAAAUAAAAAAAAAAUUUCCGUUGCCCAAUUGCCUUCUUAGCCAUGCAAUCAUCGAUAUGGGAGAAAUACUAUAUAAAGGCAUGGAUUCAGAAGGCAGACCAUAUACCUGCCUGGAUUGCGGAAAAACCUUCUGUUAUUAUGACUCUCUUACAAUCCAUCAAAGGAAUCACACAGGAGAACGACCUUAUAAGUGCAUGGAUUGUGGAAAGGCCUUUACUUGUAACAGUCGUCUUAAUGUGCACAAGAGGAUCCACACAGGAGAAAGACCUUAUAAAUGCAUGGAGUGUGGAAUGGCCUUUACUCAGAGCAGUUAUGUUAAUAUCCACAAGAGGGUCCACACGGGAGAGAAGCCAUAUAAAUGCAUGGAGUGUGGAAAGGCCUUUAAUAGUAGUAGUAAUCUUAAUUCACACAGGGUGGUCCAUACAGGAGAGAAGCCUUAUCAAUGCAUGGAGUGUGGAAAGAGCUUUAGUCAAAGAAGUAGUCUUAAUUCCCACAAGAGUGUCCACACAGGAGAGAAGCUUUAUCAAUGCAUGGAGUGUGGAAAGGCCUUUACUCGUAACAGUCGUCUUAUUACCCACAAGAGAAUCCACACAGGAGAGAAGCCUUAUAAAUGUAUGGAGUGUGGAAAGGCCUUUUUUCAAAGCAGUUCUCUUAGUUCCCACAAGAGUGUUCACACAGGAGAGAAGCCUUAUCAAUGCAUGGAGUGUGGAAAGACGUUUACUCAUAAUAGUUAUCUUAAUACCCACAAGAGGAUCCACACAGGAGACAAGCCUUAUCAAUGUAUGGAGUGUGGAAAGACUUUUACUCGUAGCAGUCGUCUUAAUUCCCACAAGAAGUUCCAUACAGGAGAGAUGCGAUAUUAAUGCAUUGACUGGGGAAGGGGUUUACUCGUAACAGUUGUCUUAAUUCCCAUAGAAGGAUCCACACAGAAGAGAAGCCGUAUCAAUGUCUUGAAUGUGAAAAGAGUUUUAUGUGGAAUUGUGUUAUCGCCUCCCAUAAAAGGAACCACACAGGAGAGAAGCCAUAUAAAUGUAUGGAAUGUGGAAAGAGCUUUAGGAAGAAUUGUGAUUUUACUUCCAGUAAAAGGAUCCAGACAAGGGGAAGAAAUGUAUGAAGGCAUGGAGUGUGGAAAGAGCUUUCCAAGAAGGUAUACUCUUACUUUCCAUAGAAAGAUACACGAAUAAAGUUAGGACAAUCACUGCAGGAAUUGGUGGUAGAGAUCUGCCAUAUUGGGAUGUGCUGCAAUUCACUAAGGAAUUAUUACUUUUUGGGGUUUUGGAAUCUCACUCCAGUGUGAAAUCAUUUACUCAAAAGAGAGCUUAGUAAUAUGCUGUCAUAUCUCAGGUAAGCCAGACAGGAAUCAUGGCCAAACAGGCUAACUAUUGUAAGACUAUUGUACUACUACUAUUCAUAGUCUGUUGUAAGGUUGUAUUAAUAAAAUGGUGCAAGUCUGAAAGUACAAAUCUGCUGUUGCUUAAAGUUGCUUCUAACUAUGAGAUAGAGGGCAUAUUCAUUGAAUAAAUAAAUAAUAAAUAACAGU